AUGUCCGCGCCCCUCAACCUCGACGAAGAGGUCCGGUUAUACACUACGAACGCAGACCGCGAGAAAUAUGGGCUCCUUGCGACUCUCUUCGGCAUCAUCGUCGCCCUGGAUUACCUCGAGCGGGCGUACGUGCGCGACUCAGUAACGGCAGCAGAGUACUCUCCAGCGUGCACAAGGCUACUGUCUCAGUACAAGACCAUGCUGAAGCUGGUGGGUGACGAUGUGCCUUCCAUUGAGCAGUUCAUGAGCCGGUAUCGGAUGGACCACCCUGCUGCUCUUCACAGAUUAAAGGUCGGAGUGCCUGCCACGGUCGAGCACUCGAGCGAGGCAGGACCGGAGACAGGGAAAUGGGUGGCCGAGACAACACAGAACUUCAUCACCUUCAUGGAUGCGCUCAAGUUGCGCAUGCGUGCGAAGGACCAGCUGCACCCAAUCCUGCAGGAGCUCGUGACAGGCUACGCACGUUUCAAAGGCAGCAAGGAUUGGGAAGGCAGGAGCAAGAUGGUCAGCUGGCUCAUCAUGCUCAACGGCAUGAAGGCAUCAGAGGAGAUUACAGAGGAACAAUCAAGACAGCUGCUGUUUGAUAUCGAGCACGCCUACGCGGAGUUCUUCCGCAGUUUGAGCAAUAAGGAGGGGGGCUCAUAG